AAGCUUCAUGAUUUCAUAACCGGAGAAAAGUAUUUUUGUUCCUUACAGUCUGAAAAGACUUCCACACAAAAAAGAGCUCAAAAGACAGGAACUAAGAGUUAUUUCACUUGCUUUCAGUGUGGAAAGAGUUUCAGUCAACAAGGAAACCUAAACAGGCACAAGAGAAUUCACACUGGAGAGAAGCCUAACAGAUCUCCUCAGUGUGGAAAGAGUUCCAAUCAAAGUGGAAACCUUGAUGUCCACAGGCGAAUUCACACUAUGGAGAGCCUUUUUACCUGCCAACAGUGUGGAAAGAGUUUCACUCGUAAAGAAAGACUUAACAGGCACAUGAGAACUCACACAGGAGAGAAGCCUUUCACCUGCAAACAGUGUGGAAAAAGUUUCAAUCAACAAGGAAACCUUGACAGGCACAUGGAAAUUCACAAUCGAGAGAAGCCUAACAGAUCCCCUCAGUGUGGAAAGAGUUCCAAUCAUAAUGGAAACCUUGAUGUCCACAGGAGUAUUCACACUAUGGAGAGCCUUUUCCCCUGCCAACAGUGUGGAAGCAGUUUCACUAAUAAAGGAAGCCUUACCAAGCACAUGAGAGUUCACAGUGGAGAGAAGCCUUACAGAUCCCCUCAGUGUGGAAAGAGUUCCAAUCAAAAUCAAAACCUUGAUGUUCACAGGCGAAUUCACACUAUGGAGAGCCUUUUCCCCUGCCAACAGUGUGGAAAGAGUUUCACUCAUAAAGGAAGCCUUAACAAGCACAUUAGAGUUCACAGUAGAGAGAAGCCUUACACCUGCCCUCAGUGUGGACAGAGUUUCAGACAACCUGGAAACCUUAAAGUCCACAUGAGAGUUCACACUGGAGAGAAGCCUUUCACCUGCCAAUGUUGUGGAAAAAGUUUCAGUAGACAUAAAACUCUUGAAGUCCACAUGAGACUUCAUACUGGAGAGAAGCCUUUCACCUGCACACAGUGUGGAAAGAAUUUCAGUCAACGUGUACAUCUUGAAGCUCAUAUGAGAAUUCACAGUGGAGAGAAGCCUUUCACCUGCAAACCGUGUGGAAAGACUUUCAGUCAACCUGGAAACCUUAAUUACCAUAUGAGAGUUCACACUGGAGAGAAGCCCUUCACCUGCCAAUGGUGUGGAAAGAGUUUCAGUCAACAAGGAAACCUUAAUUACCACAUGAGAGUUCACACUGAAAAGAAACCUACUGGAAAGAAAUAAAACCUUUACGCCCUCAGGCGAAUUCACACUAUGGAGAGAUUUUUUUUUUUUUUUUUUACCUGCCAACAGUGUGGAAAGAGUCUCACUCAUAUAAAGGAAGUCUUAACAAGAACAUGAGAACUCACACUGGAGAGAAGCCUUAGAUGUGCCCUCAGUGUGGAAAGAGUUUCAGUCAAAAAUCAUACUUGAAGUCCAUAUGAAAAUUCACACUGGAGAGAAGUUGCAACCAAAAGUACCAUAUGAAGAUUUACUCAAGAGGGACCUGUUUAAAUGUCAUUAGUGUGGAAUGAGUUGUACAGACAAGAAAAGCCUAGGAAUCAUGCAGGGACAUCGGAGAGAAGCCUGUCAUGUGCCAUCACUGUGGAAAGACUUUCAGAAACAAAGCAAAUCUUGAGUUUCACAUAAGUUAGAUGAUGCAUACCAUCUU